AUGGCCACUGCCGCCUCCAAGGAGAACCUUGUGGAUUUCAACGUUCUCGGAAACGUGAGAACGGUGACGUUGAACAGACCAAAGAAACUCAAUGCGCUCAACACCGAGAUGUGCACCGAAAUCAUUCCAAGACUUGUGGAGUACUCCAAGUCCAAGUCUGCAAGUUUAGUGCUAAUCAAAUCAAGCUCUGAAAAGGCCUUCUGCUCUGGCGGUGACGUUAUCCAAUGCGCAAAGAACAACAUGGCCGAUGAGUCUCCAAAAUCUAUCGAGUUUUUUCAGAACGAGUACAACUUGAACUACUUGCUAUCGAUAUACGGUAAGCCUGUCGUUUCCUUAGUCAACGGUAUCGUUAUGGGUGGCGGUGUAGGAUUGUCCGUCCAUGGUUCAUUUCGGGUGGUCACCGAUUCAACCAGAUUUGCCAUGCCAGAAUCUUCGAUCGGCUUUUUCAGCGAUGUCGGUACUUCCUACUGGUUACCAAAGCUCGAUGCAAACCUUGGUUACUACCUCUCCUUGACUGGUGACGAACUAACUGGCUAUGACACAUUGUUGAUGGGUUUUGGAACACAUUAUGUGCCAUCCUGUAGAUUUCCAGAAUUGAUCAGCAGACUUUCUGAAAUCGAGUUGCCAGACCUAUCUUUAGACAGAAGAAACUCAAAGGUUUUCAACCACAAUAAUAGCUCGCAGUUGUUUGCCAUUGUCAACUCUGCAAUUGAAGAGUUCGUGGAGGAGAUCCCAAGAACACACAAAUUCAAGUACACUCCAGAGCAGUUGAACACUAUCGAAAAGUGUUUUAAUCCAAAAACUAACAAGUUCGUCGAAGAUAUUAUUAACUCGUUGAAAGAGGAUGGUUCCGAAUUUGCACUUGAGACUGUGAAGAAAUUAAGCUCAAAAUCUCCUAUUUCUCUCAACCUUAACUGGAACAUGUUGUCAAGAAACAGAAAUGCAACCAUCCAAGAGUCUUUAACAAGAGAACUAAGAUUGGCAGCUAAGUUGAUGACCAACUAUCGUAAUAACGACUUCAAUGAUUUUAUAAAGAACAAGUUGAUUGAAAAGAAGGUCGAGAUAAUACCUUCCCAGUAUUACCCAACUCUCAAGGACGUCCCAUCUUCUAUUGUUGAUGAUUUGGUCUCAUUGGAUGUUUACAACCCUCAAUCUUCUGGUGGGUCGGAAAGCAAAGAAUCUUUAGAAAACUUGAUUGAAACUUUGAACAACUUGAAAAUUAGCAACUUUUCUGAGUUGGGAGAAAGUGUCGCCAAUUUCUCCAAAUCUCCCCACCACAUGGGUUUACCUUCGCAAUACGAAAUCGAAAGCUAUGUGAAAGGUUCUAAAAACUCUUCAAACCUACCACCUGUGACCUUUGCGGAGACUGUAAAUUACUUCAGAACCAAAUACAACGAAAAAGCAGGCGUUACCAACAAGGUCAAGUUGGUCUUGAAUAGAAAAUCACAUCCAAGCUCUGUUGAUGAGGGCUGCAUCGAAUGGACUGAUUAA